AUGGCUAACCGCUUACUGUCAGAUGUCGAAGAAAGCAUUACCCAAGGCUUAAAUAUGAUUCCCGACUUCUACGUGGUAUUUCUAGCUGCUUUAAGUCAUAUACUAAUUGGUACGAAGCGAGUCUACUUCUUUCCUGCAGCUGCUCGAAUACACAAUGUCUCGGCAGAAAUCAGUGGCAACAAUGCCUGUCUGGCGAUGACAUUUGCAGAAUGGCAACGGCGAAAACAAGAGUGGCCGCAUCAACUCAAUGUGACCGAGAUUGAAAUUGAGCAGAUAAAACGGCAGCAACUUGCUGCAACUCGAAGCAGACUUGUCUCUCUGACAGAAGUGAAUAUACAUCAACGUCAAUUAGAGCACAGCGAUGAGGUCCUCGAUUUUCUCCGUGAUCGUACCAGCAAGCAUGAGCUAUACAGCUUUAUGCAACAGGAAAUGGCUGCCCUGUCCAAGCAAACCUUCAAAAUCGCGUUAGAAGGCGCCAAAGAGGCCCAGGCUGCACUUUGGUAUAAGCUUGGCGACUUCUCUGCUUGUUUGCAUGAGACUAGUCAUCUUAACUUUGAGUUUUCCGAAAAUGUAUUGUGGAAUUCGCUACAUGAGGGCCUAGUUGUAGGUGAGAAACUUGAAUUACGACUUCACUCGCUUGAGAGGAGAUACAUGAAAGCUAAUUGUCAGGAAUAUAAGCUCACAAAACAUAUAUUUCCAAGGCAAUUUCCUCCGUGGGCAUUUCCGCCCCUGAAAUUAGGCGAGAAAGGUGAACUCGAGAUUCCCGAAUGGUGGUUCGAUCUCGACUACUCAAGACACUAUAUGCGGCGAUUAAAGCAAGUUAGCAUCAGUUUGGCAUGUACCGCUGUUCGGACUAAACCAUUGCUUCCACCUGCGCCAGAAUGCUGCUGGGCUAAGCCCGUCGUCGUCCACAAUUCUGAUUCCGCGUUGCGGACAAACAGGACGUCUCGCAACCACAAACCUGUGGAGACGGUAGAGAAAUCCGGCACUGAAAAGUGCGUCGAUCUCAAGUGUGGAUCUAGAUCCAAUCAAGUGCUUCUUGAUUCAUAUGUUCUAUCGACCCAUUACACGUCAUAUGCACACAUGGCCAUUGCGACAUCUACAAGCAACUCUGAUCCAAGUCUCUUUGACUCCGGUCUUGACCAAAGCCGAUAUCUUCCCCUCGAAUUUGCCGGCGCCGCUUCAAGAUGGAGGGUCUCGCUUCCAUCUCAGAACAAUGCGUUUAGUCUAGAUACUGAGUGA